UAACAGUGUAAUAAUCAAUCAAUUACUUUCUUUUAUUGUUGACCAUAUGAGAUUGAAGACUGCAUUAGAACAUCAUAUCUAGGGUUUCGUAUUCAAUAUUGUUUGCGAUUGUACCGAAAUCAACAUCAAAUGGAUCCGUUUGAGGAUGCUAAUUGGGAUCUGAUUGAUUACGACAGUCUAAUUAACGAUGUUGCACCGGCUCAUCUCUAUUGGGCCGAUCAGAGUGCUGCGGUCCAGGUAGAUGCUUCGGUUGCUGGCUUUGCACCGCUGGAGAAGGAGUGUACGGAGAAAGAAUGCUCGAGAAAAAGGGGACGCAGUAAUUCGUGCAGCAAGGCCGAGAAUAAAGCCUGUCGUGAGAGGCAAAGAAGGGAAAUGUUGAAUAACAGGUUCUUCGAAUUAAGCUCUACUUUAGAACCUGACCGGCCCGCCACUACUGAUAAAUUAGCUAUACUUGGAGACGCUAUCCGAGUUUUGAAUCGACUCAAAUCUGAAUCUCAGGAUUACAAAGAAACGAAUGAGAAACUGUUGGAAGAAAUUAAAACAUUGAAGGCAGAGAAGAAUGAGCUUCGUGAAGAGAAACUCGUUUUAAAGGAGGAAAAAGCAAAAUUGGAGCAGCAGGUGAAAGCGAUGACCAAUAAUAUUCCGCCACCUGGAUUUAUGGCACCGCAUCCAGCUGCAUUUCAGGCUGGAGCGAACAAGAUGCCCGUUUUUCCAGGCUAUGGUUACAUUCCAAUGUGGCAGUAUUUACCGCAAUCUAGUUGUGAUACUUCUCAUGAUCAUGAGCUCAGGCCGCCUGCUGCUUAAUAAAAGUGGCUAAGGGACGACAGCCAAUGAGAAUAUUGUUAGCUCAUUGUAGUUUGUACAUAGAAACGUGCGUAAUUGCAUGUUGCUGUUUUCGUCUGCUGUUAUUGAUUUCUAGAGACUGAUAAGAGUUAUUCGUAGGGCGAAUUUGUUGGAUAGAAAUAAUACACCUCUUUUAGCAUUGUUACUUGUGACUUUUGUAUCUUCCUUUAUAAUUUGUUGGCUCUCUUUGCUUUCAAAA